AUGUUUUACAUAUGCACCACGAAGUAUAGAUACAAGGAGUCCGAACGUAAUGUUGAACGAAUGAAAAACCGUAAGUCAAUUCCGUGCUACUGGGAAAGCCAACGCGGCGGUUGCAAGAAGCCUCACUGCCCAUUUCUGCACACCCUUGACCGACCAGCUCCCAGUGAAGCGACUAUCAACCCUAGUAAGACUCCUGGACCUAAACCGGUCACUCAAGAAUGGUCUAAUCGUCCAGCAGAUGGUGAAAAAUUUGCAGAAGCCAGCGGCGAGAGUAGCGUAGGCCACGGGAGUAGCGAAUCAAGCAGUUUUAUCAGCGGGUCAGUGGUGGACCCCAUAAUAGUCCGGUUUAACGAAGGUAUGAGGCUUUAUUAG